AUCCUCCGCAUCGAAAGCUCCGCAAAUGGGCAUCAAGCAUCCGCAGCAGGCCCCGAUACCAGUGGCGGAUCCAUCCGCUCCUGGCUCUCCCCGUGACCGUCAUGAUGCCAUCUUUCCGGUCAUCCGUGAGCGACAUCAGGUGACUGAAAUUUUGGCAGGCACCCUCCGCAUUCCUGAUGCUCUCAGCCUUUCAGUGCUUGCCUGCGGGUGUUGUCCCACCGUGGAGUUGAGCCUUCCGUAGCACAUAUGCGACCAUGCUCUCUGCUUCUCACUGAUUGCAGCUACUCCAAACUCCAAUGUGUGCAGAAAUCAAAUAAUUGCAGGGGGAUCCAUUCAGGGCUUGGGGCAUCCGCACUGAUAUUGGAUUGGUCGAAAGCAGGGUUCCAGUACAGGGCAGAUAGGGCCUUGCCACGUCCACGGCAGGCGCCAGGUGCGCGGGGCGGAUGCAUCUGCCGCAUGCGGCCCAGGGCCAGAUCGGGCUCAAUAUGGGCCAUACACACCCUCCAGCUGAAUUCCCGGCGAUGGAGAUCCUCUGCGCAUGACCGAUGGCCCCCCGACGUCCACGGUAGCCGCCAGGUGCGCUGGGCGGACGCAUCCGCCGCAUGCGGCCCAGGGCCAGAUCGGGCCCCGCCCUGCUCAAUAUGGGCUCCAUGGACCCUGCAGCUCAAUUCCCGGCAAUGGACGACCUCUGCGCAUGGCCGAUGGCCCCCCGACGUCCACGGUAGCCGCCAGGUGCGCUGGGCGGAUGCAUCUGCCGCAUGCGGUCCAGGGCCAGAUCGGGCCCCGCCCUGCUCAAUAUCGGUUCCAUAGACCCUCCAGCUCAAUUCCUGGCGACAGAGAUCCUCUGCGCAUGACCGAUGGCCCCCCGACGUACACGGUAGCCGCCAGGUGCGCUGGGCGGAUGCAUCUGCCGCAUGCGGUCCAGGGCCAGAUCGGGCCCCGCCCUGCUCAAUAUCGGUUCCAUAGACCCUCCAGCUCAAUUCCUGGCGACAGAGAUCCUCUGCGCAUGACCGAUGGCCCCUCGACAUCCACGGUAGCCGCCAGGUGCGCUGGGCGGAUGCAUCUGCCGCAUGCGGUCCAGGGCCAGAUCGGGCCGCGCCCCUGCUCAAUAUGGGCUCCAUGGACUCUCCAGCUCAAAUUCUGCUCCUUGCUUCAUCCGGUGCGGAAUUCAUCCUCAGUUUCCCCGAGUCCUCAUUCUACAUGCCGGAUCCACAUGAGUAGGAUAAAUUGCAAUCAGACAACGUUCUAUGUU